AUGGAGGAAAAUAUAACACGUGUCUCAAAUGGAUCUGGAAGCCUUUGUAAUCCCUUGACGACUGGCGCGAUUUUAUUUAGCACGCAAGUAUCUUUUUCUCUGAUGGCAAACUUUCUUGUUGUUUUCUUGUUCGCCUGUCGCAGACAUCUGCUUUGCAAUCCUCAUAACCGUUGUAUUUUAAGUUUAUCGAUCACUGACAUUCUCACAUCCAUUUCUGUUUUCACAAGUCCGAAUUUCGUAUUAGGCGAAAACGUUUACCACCCAAAAGGACAUAAUUACUUAACACGAGAACUUUACUGCCGUAUCUUAUGGAGCAAUUUUUUACCGUUUGCUCUUGGAGUCACAUCGCUUUAUACAUCCGUGGUGCUUUCAUUCGAACGUUGGUUGGCUGUGAGACGAAGUAUUUUCUACAAGAGAAGAUUUAAAAUUCGUCAUAUGAAUGUGUUAAUCAUGGCCUCUUGGAUUACAGGUUUUGCAGCAGAGGUUCUUGUAACUAUUUUUGUUGAAGGUGUUUAUGAUAAACCCACAGAAAUCUGUCGACCUAUUUUAGUACAGAAUAAGAUAUCGACUAUAUGCCUUUCGACUGGACUCUUUCUUUUUGUAAUAGUUAUUCCAUUGGCGCUUAUUAUACUGGCGUACAUUGAUGUAUUUCUCGGUAUCAAGACAUCACUUCGAUUCGCAGCGUCUGCUAGAGCUGAAAAUAUGAACAAUAUUAAAAGACUGAAGAAAGUCACUAAAGUUGCGGCCAUAACAACAUUUGUGCUGGCAGUUUGCUGGCUGCCAAGUUCUGUUUUAUUCUACUAUUCGCUAUUG